GGUGGCGGUGGUGGUGGAGCAGGCGGCAGGACCACUCCUUGGCUGACGGCCAAGCGGCAUGUAAACAUUUAAGGGCCCAAAAACUAAGCGAGAAGCGGAGGGAGACAGCAAGUCAGUGCCGUUGAGCGGAAGAAGGAUAAGGAGGACGACGAGCAGGUGGAGGAGAAGGAAACCGACGUGGGUGGUGGAGAAGAAGCCAUGGCAAAGGCAAACAUUUUACAAUAUUAAGUAGUAACAGCAACAACAACAACAACAACACCCUGAGGUACAACCUGUUGAUAAACUACACUAAAGGAACACCCAGCCAAUAGAGAGAGAGAGAGAGAGAGGGAGGGAGAGAUAGACAGAUAAAUAAAGACCGAACGAGAUAUAAGAACAAUGGCCAUUCACAUAUUUGACUAUGAUCAUUUUGCCAUUAGCGCCAUUGUCAUUGCCAGCAUGCAAUUAUUAUUCUUCCUGAUCAACUCUAUCCUACACAUGGACAAAUUGACCGAUUUUGCUGGCGGCGUUAAUUUCAUUAUCAUCUCGUUGCUGACCUUUUUUCUAGGUCAAAUCGAUCGGCCAUCAAAGGCCUACGAUAGUCGCCAAUUGAUGGUGACAUUCUUUGUGUGCCUAUGGGGUGCCCGGCUCUCCGGAUAUUUGCUAUAUCGCAUCAUCAAAUUGGGACGAGACAAGCAAUUCGAGGAUACUCGUCGAAAUAUAAUACGCUAUGCAGUUUUCUGGACAUUUCAGGCCGUUUGGGUGUAUAUUGUGUCACUGCCCGUCAUAAUCAUCAAUUCACCGCGUCAUUCGCAACCGCAUGCACCAAAAACAAUGACCACAUUGGAUUCAACUGGAACCGUGAUGUUUGUUGUUGGUCUGUUGGCCGAAACUUAUGCCGAUUUGCAAAAAUUCUCAUUUCGCCAGGAUCCAGCCAACCAGGGCAAAUUUUGCAAUGAUGGCCUUUGGAGCGUUUCACGACAUCCAAAUUAUUUUGGCGAGGUAAUCAUAUGGUGGGGCAUCUUUGCCAUAUCACUAAACGUUAUAAGUGGUCAUGAAUGGGUAGCGAUUGCAUCGCCAAUAUUUACCACAUUAAUUAUACUGUUUUUAUCGGGCAUACCAUUACGGGAACGGAGUGCCGAUGAGAAGUACAAAGAUCAAUUGGAGUAUCGCAAAUAUAAGGCCUCCACCUCACCACUGAUACCUGUGCCGCCGGCGGUAUAUGUAGAAGUGCCAAGUGCUUUGAAGUUUAUAUUAUGCUGUGAAUUUCCCAUAUACGACAGCAUGCGUAUACAAAAGGAUUUGAGCCCGUAUUCAUUGUCGAUAGCUCGCUCCCAUUCGCAUAUAUAGCAGUCAGUGGCCCAUUCCAGCAGUGCAGCAGCUGGCAUGGGUACUGGAUCCAAUAUCGGUGGACAUUCGCUGCAUAGGGGCCAUUGUUAUAGGGCAAAUGGUGGCGAUGCCGAGAGCCAUCACAAUUGCGGUGGCAGUUGCCGCAAUGUUCAUGUGAAAACCAAUCCCUAUCAAUGUGAGGCAGGCUAUGGUAACUAUACGGGGCAACAUGCCUACGGUCCUGAUAACGAUGAUGAUGCCGUUUGUGAUGGCGAUGGCGAUGCCGAUGGCGAUGGCAAUGGCCUCGUCGAUGAUACAGAUACAGAUGAUGGUGGCAUCUAUAUGAUGGGUCCAACGUGCUCCAGCAGCAAGGCCAACAUUAGCAAGGCAACACACAAGACACACUAUUUCGAUGCUGGCGGCGGUGAGGUGCAGGUGGAGGUGGAGGUGGAUGAGGAAGAGCCAACACCGGUUAAAUGCACCUACCUAGCCGAGGAGGAGCUGGCCUCCGACUAUGAUGAGGAUAUACCACCCAUUGACCUAAGCAAGGCCACAAGUGUGGAGAGUUUUGGCACUCGAGUGCGAACCGAGCAGUCCGUGAAUGCCGAGGGAAUGCCCGUGACCGUGACGACGAUUUUGUGAUUGCAACAACAUAUGGAAGAAGCUGAAGCUCUAUUGUGAGAGCCUCCAUGCUAAAUUCCAUGAUGUUUUUAUUUAUUUUUUUAAUAUUUUUUGUAUGUUGUACAUAAGCUUAAAGCGCCCCCAGCCAUGCGUUUGAGCUUUGAUUUUAGUUUUCUUUUUGAUAAACCGUAAUGCCAAAGGAAAAAA